AUGGGCGAAAAUGUCACUACCGACUCGGAGGCCUUUGGCGAAAAAGCCAACAUGACCCACGAUGAAGUCGCGCAGAUUGCGCAACUGACCGACGAAGAGAAAGUGAUUGAGAGGAAGCUCCGGCGUCGCAUCGACAGUCUGAUCAUGCCGCUGGUCAUCUUGGUCUAUCUCAUGAACUACAUUGAUCGCAACAAUUACGCUGCAGCUAAACUCCAAGGUCUGGAAGAAGACCUUAAUCUGAACGACGCGCAGUACCAAACCGGCCUGUCCAUCCUCUUUGUCGCCUACAUCCUCAUGCAGGUCCCGUCCAACCUCCUCCUGAAUUAUAUGGGUCGGCCGUCGCUCUACCUCGGCUUCUUCACCACCGCUUGGGGCUUGGUGUCGACACUGACCAGCCAGGUCAAGGGAUACGGCGGUAUUGUCGCUUGUCGUUUCAUUCUGGGCUUAGUGGAGGCUCCUUUCUUUGCCGGGGUGUUGUUCUAUCUGUCCAAGUGGUAUACUAAGAAGGAACUGGCUCUGCGGAUGAGUAUAUUUUACUCGGGUUCCCUGCUCAGCGGCGCAUUCGGUAAUCUCAUCGCUGCCGGAAUCUUAAAUGGACUGGACGGUCACCAGGGCAUCUCCGCAUGGCAGUGGCUCUACAUCAUCGAAGGGGUCAUCACCAUCGCGAUCGGCCUGACAGUGUCUGUCGUCCUGCCCGAUUUCCCCAACACCUGGCGUCUCCUCUCGCCGGAGAUGAAGCACGUCGCGAACCGCCGGUUAGCCAUCGAAGCAGCCGAGGCCGACGUCGAUGAAGCCGGCAAGAUGAGCCAGAUCAAAGGGCUCAAGCUGGCCUUCUCAGACAUCAAGACCUACGCCCUCGCCAUCGCCUACAUGGCCAUCACGGGCGCCAGCGGCUUCCAGAACUUUUUCCCAACACUCACAGGCACCCUCGGCUACGGGGAGAUCAUAUCCCUGCUGCUCGUCGCCCCUCCCUACAUCUUCAUGGUGUUCUACAGCCUCACGCACUCCUACAUGUCCGACCGCCUGGGCAACCGCUUUUGGUUUUUCGUCUACCCCAUCCCCAUCACGAUCGUCGGCUUCGUCAUCUUCAUGACCACCAACGGCUUCGGCCCCCGCUAUUUCUCCUUCUUCCUCAUGAUCUUUGUCUUCGCCCAGAACGGCACCGUCUACUCGUGGAUCGCCAACGCCAUUCCCCGACCCCCGGCCAAGCGCGCCGCCGCUUACGCUUUCAUCAAUUCCAUCGGUAACUCCGCUAGCAUCUGGACCCCCUACACGUAUCGCGAGAAGGACAAGCCGCAUUAUCGACCUGCUAUGGGUGUCUGUAUCGCAUUGCAGGGCGUCGGUGCGCUGAUGGCUAUCUUUAUGUAUUUCCAUUUGAAGUCGCUGAACAAGAGGCUGGCGAGAUUGGAGGACGAGGAUGUCGUGUUGACGGAUCGCGAAUUGCAGCGCUUGCAAAGGACGGCGGACGUUGAGGGUAUUGAUAUUGCGGCUGCGAGACAGCUGCAGAAGGGGUUCCGGUAUAUGAUUUGA